UCUCUUCUCUUGCUGACAUAAUUUUGGUUAAUAGGAUGUGGCACUUUUCACUGACCAUUUGGUUACCAUUACGAUUAGGCAGUGACCAUUUUGAUUUGGGGGUGUAGAAAAUAUUGGACCUUCAACAAAGGUUAUCUGCCCAAAUCUUUAUUUUGUAAAAUGCAUUUUCAUAUCUUACACCCAGGCUUUUUAGCAUUCACUUUUAGCACUUUAAAAAAAACCACAAGUGCUAAUCCUGUGUUCUAAACAUAAGUUUAGGAUACUUUUGAGAGACCAGUUAAUCCUAUGAUGCACAGAGGAUUGGUUUUAACAGGGAAAGUGAACACUGUUUUGCCAAGUAUAGGUUGUUGGCUCAGUCACUGUUGGGUGUAUUACAUGUUCUGUUGGGUCAGCUGCUGGGUUUUAAGCAGCCACCCCACCCUAAUUAUUUUAUUUUGGAAAAUUCACAGAUAAUAUUGGUUCUGAUUAUUAGGAAGGUACAACUGGUGUAGAAUGCAGCAGUUUGCUCGGUAAUGAUUGAGACUUACCACAAUCGUUUCAUCAGACGGCCUAACGAGUAAUUUAAGAUUCUAAAGUCUGUUUGUACUAACUCCACCUUGAUUGCCUUUGGAAACCAGAGUAGCCACCAAUCUGAUUUCCGUGGGGAAGUGCUUACCAUUUAUUAUUAGAACAAUUGACAGGUAGCUAAAUCUAUCAUGCUAAGCAUCUUAAUCAUGAUGGAGUCAAGUGUUCUACAAAUCCAAUAAAUCUGUCUAGAUGUCUUCCUCUCCACAGUAAGAAGAAUUUUUUUACCUGCUUGGAGUUGAUGCUGUAUCGGAGAAGAAACAAAUCCGGAGGAGUUUACCAAUCUCAUUUUUAAACUUGAUCUGUAAUAACUAAGUUUGCAUAGGACCAUUCUAAGACCUUGUUACAGUAUGAGAUUAAGGAUCAGCAAUCAGGGCAGCACAAUUUAUGUAACAUGCUUUUCUGCUGGCUGAAAUACUAAUGGAUAGCAUUUUUAAUUUGGCCAUCUGAAAGAAGCCUAAAUUUUAUUUGAGUGAUGUUUGAGCUGGAAUGAAAUGUCCUGUUUAAAGUUAUUCUUAAUAGAGGACCUACAGUGGAAGGUGAAGAAUCUGACUGCUUAAUUAUUUAUUUAUAAAAAAUAUGUGUAUAUAUGCUUAUGAAAUUUAUCUCAUCAGUCAUGUCAACUUUUAAGCUUGUAAUUUAGUCUGAACUGAACCAACAUGUUUGUGCAUAGACUCUUACUGUAUAGAGAUAGUUCUCAAUUUAUGACCACAAUUGUGAUCAGAAUUUCUGUUGCCGAGCAAGGUGGUUAAAUGAGUCACCUGAUUUUACAACCCUUUUGUCACAGUUAUUAGGCAAAUUACUGCUGUUUUUUAGGGGAUUGCAUUAUUAAGAUAAUCCAGUUUUCCCCAUUAUCUUUAGCAUGUCAGAAGCUGGUUGGGGAGAUUACAAAUUGAUAAUCGCAUGACCCUGGGAUGCUGCAACUGUUGUAAAGAUUCUGAAUUUUGAUCACUUGACCAUGAGGAUGCUGUAAUAGACGUAACACAAGAACCUGUAGAAUAUGAGUGAUGACAAACCCUUUCUAUGUACUGCCCCUGGAUGUGGACAGCGUUUUACCAACGAGGAUCAUUUGGCUGUCCAUAAACAUAAACAUGAGAUGACAUUGAAAUUUGGUCCAGCUCGUAAUGACAGUGUCAUUGUAGCUGAUCAAACUCCAACGCCAACUCGAUUUUUAAAGAAUUGUGAAGAAGUGGGUUUAUUCAAUGAACUAGCAAGUCCUUUUGAAAAUGAAUUCAAAAAAGCUUCUGAAGAUGAUAUUAAAAAAAUGCCUCUAGAUUUAUCACCUCUUGCAACUCCAAUUAUAAGAAAUAAAAUUGAAGAGCCUUCAGUGGUUGAAACAACUCACCAAGAUAGUCCCUUACCUCAUCCAGAGUCUACGACCAGUGAUGAGAAGGAACUGUGUCUGCAGCCAUCUGCCCAGCCUACUUCCACAAUCGUACGGCCAGCUUCUCUACAGGUUCCUAAUGUGUUGCUUGCAAGUUCUGACUCAAGUGUCAUUAUUCAGCAAGCCAUACCUUCACCAACAUCUAGCACUGUCAUAACACAAGCUCCAUCUUCCAAUAGGCCAAUAGUACCGGUGCCAGGCCCUUUCCCCCUUUUGUUGCAUCUUCCCAAUGGACAAACCAUGCCUGUUGCUAUUCCCGCUUCAAUCACAAAUUCUAAUGUGCACGUACCAACUGCAGUUCCAGUAAGUCUUCUGCAUGAUGUAAUACCUUCCUUCAAAGUUUGGACAAGUCCCUCUCAUCGAAUCCUUAUACUGGGAAUAUGAGUCUCUGGCAAAACC